AUGGCUACCAACGAACGAGUCUGGACACGCUUUGUCAGGUUCGUCAGCGACGAUGGCAAGACAUAUGGUGGUGAGCCUGUUGAUGCGGAAAUCGAUGUCGGACUCGCUGUAAAGGAGGGUGAGUUAGUCAAGGCACGAGUGCUCAGUUCCAGCUCGGCCCUUGACGAGGGAGCAAAAUUCACGGGACAGGAGCUCCCAGUGAAACAGAUAUUGGCACCAUUGACAGCCGCGCAAGUUGGAAGCAUUCGAUGCAUCGGUGUGAACUAUAAUGACCAUGGCGCAGAGCUCGGCUAUGCUGUUCCACCAGUACCAAUUGUGUUCAUCAAGCCAAGCUCGGCAUUGAACGACCCCAGCGCACCCAUUGUCAUCCCCCAUUUUGUAGCCGACGCGGAUUUCGAGGUGGAACUGUGCGUGGUAAUUGGUAAAGAAGCAAGAAACUUGACCGACGACGAGGCCCUGGACUAUGUCCUUGGAUAUUGCACUUCGAACGACGUGGCUGCGCGACGGGCACAGACAAUAACCACCCAAUUCUGCCAUGGCAAGGGAUUUGACACCUUUGCCCCCAUUGGACCGACUUUGGUUCAUGCAAAGUCCAUUUCAAACCCGCAGCUCUUGGAAAUGAGGACCACUUUGAACGGGAAAGAAAUGCAGCACGCGACCCUCGACACCAUGAUCUUUCCCGUCGCGAGGAUAGUCUCGCAUUUGUCUCAGGCCACGACCCUUCCAGCUGGGACGAUCAUCAUGACCGGCACUCCUGGAGGAAUUGGUCACUCACGGACCCCGCCACAGUAUCUGCAGGAGGGCGACGACUUGAGAUUGUGGAUUAGCGGUGGUCUCGGGACACUCACGAAUCCUAUUGUGAAGGACAAAUAUUCCAGUAGUUUUGACAACGGCCUGGCUUGA